AUGGGCUCGCCGACGCGGCUGCCGCUGCUGCUCCUUCUGCUGGGCUGGGCUCUGGCCGGCAGCAUCGCGGAGGCAGCGGGGUCGUCUUCGAGACGCCGCCGCCCGUCCUUCCACGGCCACGUGCCGGAGAACUGGCCGGCGGGGACGCGGGUGGGCGGCCUGAGCAUCCCCCUGACGCGGCUGGCGCGGCCGGAGCCGUGGUGCGCCAAGGUGCGCGGGCGGCGCUGGCAGCUGGAGCUGCUGGGCGAGGCGCACGGGCACUUCCAGGCGGCGCUGCAGGCGCGCUCGGGACAGGUGUGGCUGCGCACCCGGCGGCCCCUGGACCGCGAGGCCCGCCCGCGCUACGCCCUGCGCCUGGCCCUGCGCUGCCACCGCCGCGCCGCCCCCGCCGAGCUGGCCGCGCUCAGCAUCGCCGUGCUGGACGCCAACGACAACGCGCCCCGCUUCGCCAACCUGGGGCCGGCGCCCUCGUCGUCGGUGCGGCGGCUCCGCGUGGCCGAGACGCUGGCGCUGCGGGCGCCCGUGUGGCAGGCGCGGGCCCAGGACGCUGACGCGGGCGCCAACGCCGAGCUGCGCUACUUCGCCCGCCCGCCCAGCGCCCACUUCUUCGUGGUGCCGCGCAGCGGGCGCGUCGUCCUGGUCCGCUCCCUGCUCCACCUGCGCGCCCCGCUCCCGCUCCGCCUCUUCGCCCGCGACCGCGGCCGGCCCGCGCUCCUCAGCGCCCCGCUCGACCUCGAGGUCCUGCCCGAGCCCGUCCAGCUGCCGCCGCCCCCCGACGACGCCCCGCUCCGACGACGACGCGCCCUGCCCCCGCAGGAGCCCCCGCUGGCGCUGGCGCUGCCCGAGGACGCCCGGCCCGGCACCCUCCUGGCCACUCUCCGCCCCGCCGCCCGCUUCGCCGCGCCCCGCUUCCAGCUCGUGUCUCCCCCCGCCGGGGAGGCCCCCGUCCGCCUGGACGCCGACACCGGAGAGCUCACCUUGGCCCGCGGCCUGGACCGCGAGGCCGCCGCCCGCUGGGAGGUCGUCUGCCGCGUCCAGGACAGGACAGGAAAGAAUUGGUACCUGGUGCAUUUGGACCUCACAGUGACAGAUGUAAAUGACAAUGUCCCUGAAUGGGUCAUGGAGCCUUUCCCUUACCUAGCAACUGUUUCCCCUAAAGCUGCAGCAGGCACAAAGGUGUACAAGCUCUUGGCUAAGGAUCAAGAUGAAGAUGAAAAUGGAGCCGUUGAAUAUUUUCUGGUAGAAGGUGGAGAGAACAGAUUUGAAGUGGAAAAAGAUACCGGCUGGAUCAAAACAACGGGUUUGCCUCUGGUGAAGGAGAGGGAAUAUUUGCUGACUGUGCUGGCAGCUGACAAACCAGGGCGCCAGGGCUCCCCUGCCUCAGUGUCUGUAGUCGCCGGACGUCGAGCGCCGCAGUUUGCCAACACGUCGUACUCCGUUUACGUCCCUGAAAAUCUGCCACUGGGAGAACCGUUCCUGACCGUGUCCGCUUUGUCACAUCAAAACAAGUCCCUGAGCUACAGCCUCUUAACUAAUCCGAAUGGCCUGUUCGGCAUUAACCAGGGGACAGGGGACAUCUACUUCAGCCGAAAUCUGGAUUACGAGAAUGGUCAGCACCAGUACCUCCUCCUGGUUCAAGCAAGAGAAAACCAGGGACAGCUCAGCAGCACUGUUGAGGUUUGGGUUGUGAUCACAGACGUGAACGACUGUGCCCCAGAAUUCCAGCAGUCGAUCUACACCAAAGACAAUGUCCCCGAAACCGUGACUGUAACAACUGCACUUUUACAAGUGUCAGCCCAUGACUGUGAUUCUGAAGAAAAUGCGGAAAUCCUCUAUUACACCCUGAGCUCAGAGUUCAGCAUUUCCAGUCACGGCACCAUCUUCCCAGCCACAGAGCUGGAUUACGAGCGUCCUAAUCACCUGUAUGAGUUCGUAAUCAUGGCGGUAGAUAAAGGAGAGCCCCCAAGAACUGGGACAGCGACGGUCAGGAUCCGCCUCUCAAACAUCAAUGACGAAGUUCCCAGGUUCUCACAAACAAUCUAUCGGAGUUUCGUUUCGGAGGAUGCAGGUCCAAACACGCUCAUAGCUACGGUUCAUGCCAUAGACCCUGAUGGAGAUGGUGUUGCUUACAGCAUUACUGGAGGCAAUCAAAAGGGAAACUUCAUUAUCGACCCUCAGAAGGGGUUAAUCCGUCUUCGCUCAAGCCCACUUCCUAGGCUACAGGGUCCCGAGUAUGUCCUCAACAUCACGGCUACAGAUGACAAUGCCUCUGGUGGACCUCACUCUCUUACAAGCACCACUUUGGUCAUUGUGCAUGUGGAUGAUGUCAAUAACAACAAACCUGUGUUUCAGAAGUGCCAGCAUUAUCGUGAGCAUGCCUCUGUGCUGGAAAACCAGCCAGUGGGAACCUUCGUGCUGCAAGUGGAGGCAACAGAUGCAGAUGAAGGGUCCAAUGGCCAAGUGAAGUAUGGCUUGAUGCACAGAGAGGGGACUCUCCCUGCUUUUAACAUCCACCCUGACACAGGCAUCUUGACAACACUUCAGAUAUUUGACCGGGAGAAGCAGCGAGAGCAUCCUAUUACUGUGACAGCCACGGACCAGGCGGCCGAGCCCCUCAUUGGGAUCUGCCAGAUCAACGUUGUGGUCUCAGAUGUGAAUGACAACAGCCCCAGAUUUGAAAACACUCAUUAUGAAUACUUCUUGAGAGAAGACACAAGUGUUGGGACGAGCUUCCUCCGUGUUGCAGCCCACGACGACGACUACGGCUCCAACGCUUCCAUCACGUAUUCUGCAGCCGGUGGGAAAACGAAGUACUUCCAGGUCAACCCUUCUACAGGCUGGGUUUAUGUCAACCAACCCUUGUUACAGAAAUCCUUUAUAACUCAACAAAUCAUAGCAAUGGAUGGAGGGAACAGGAGUAGCAAGGUUGAGCUUAGAGUUACCAUCACCAGUGCAAAGAACCAGCCCCCUCAGUGGGAGAGGGACAGCUAUGAAGUCGUCAUUCCAGAGAAUACAACAAGAGAUACUUCCAUUGUGACAAUUAAAGCUACGUCCCCCCUUGGCGACCCACGUAUCACAUACAAUCUUGAAGAGGGUCUGGUUCCGGAGACCAACAUGCCAAUCCGAUUCUACCUGACUCCCAACAGAGAUGAUGGUUCUGCAUCCAUCCUCAUAGCUGAGCCUUUGGACUAUGAAACCACCAAGUCCUUUUUGUUGAGGGUCCGGGCCCAGAAUGUGGCCUCGGUGCCACUCGCUGCAUUCACCACCGUCUACGUUAAUGUGACAGAUGUCAACGACAACGUCCCUUUCUUCACCUCCUCAAUUUACGAAGCUUCUGUAACGGAAGGAACAGAGGUCGGGACUUUGGUUUUCCAAGUCUCUGCCACUGACCUCGACCUGGGCCAGAAUGGAGAGAUCACUUAUUCUCUGCUACCUGACCGCAGCGGCGACUACACGUUCUUCCGCUUGGAUUCGAAAACGGGUUCCAUCUAUACCGCCUCUGUGUUUGACAGGGAAAAGAAGGCGUCGUACCUCUUGGAAGUCAAGUCCACGGAUGGUUCAGAAUCAGCUCGCCCUGGAAAGCACGGCCAGCCAAAUACCGACACCGCCUACGUGCGCAUCUUUAUCAGCGACGUCAACGACAACAAGCCCAUCUUCACCAAGAGUGUCUAUGAAGUUAAUGUGGAGGAAGACCAAGACGUGGGAUCAACUGUCACCACCGUCAGCGCUAAUGAUGAAGACGAAGGAACUAAUGCAAAGUUAAGGUACCAGAUAACAGCCGGAAACACCGGAGGAGCGUUUGAUGUUGAACCAGAAACAGGAGUCGUCUUCAUUGCGCAGUCACUAGAUUACGAAGAAGCCCAGUUGUAUGAACUCCACCUUUUGGCUUCUGAUGGGAAAUGGGAGGAUUACGCCAUUGUAAUCAUCAACGUUGUGAAUAAAAACGACGAAGCUCCCGUUUUCUCUCUCAAUGAAUAUUACGGAAGUGUGAUUGAGGAACUGGAUGGCCUUCCGGUCUUCGUUCUUCAGGUUGUAGCAAAUGAUCCUGAUAGCAUCUUGGAUGGAGGUGAUCUGAGAUACUCCUUGCAUGGACAUGGAGCAGAUGAUGUAUUUGCUAUCGAUGAGAACACAGGCAGCAUUUAUUCCCAGAAAAUGUUAGACCGGGAAGAGCGAGCCCUUUGGAGAUUUGUUGUGCUGGCAACGGAUGAAGGAGGGGAAGGGCUUACUGGCUUUGCAGAUGUGAUUAUAAACAUCUGGGAUAUAAACGAUAAUGCCCCUGUGUUCACCUGCAUGCCCAGUGAUUGCAACGGGAGUGUCUUUGAAAGCUCACCUGAAGACACAUUCGUCAUGGAGAUGACAGCUGUAGACUUGGAUGACCCGAACGUGGGUCUCAAUGCAAUUUUGACUUACCGUAUAAUUGAGAGUGUGAAAAAUGACUUGGAUAUGGACUUGUUCAAAAUCAAUCCCAGUACUGGCAACAUCUAUGUGGCGGAAGGGAUGUUGGACAGAGAAAAGAUGGAAAAAUAUUUCCUUACCGUUGAAGCAAAAGAUGGUGGAGGACUGGCGGGGACAGGCACAGCAACCAUCUGGGUUGCAGAUGUAAACGAUCAUAUCCCUAGCUUCACGCAGGAAGUUUGGCAUACUGUAAUCCCCGAAACCAUCGCCGUCAACUCAGAGGUUCUGGAAGUGUCGGCAACUGAUGAAGACAGCGGGGAAAACGCUCACCUGACAUUCAGCAUUAUUGGUGGGGAUCCAGAACAGAAGUUUUACAUUGAAAGCCACAAGGAAGGCCACCAUGCUACCAUCAGGCUGAAAAAGGCCUUGGAUUAUGAGCAAAUCCACGAAAGGUGGUUCAACCUUACAAUCAAGGUGGAAGACCUAGAUUUCUCCAGCACUGCCUUUUGCUUGAUCGAAGUAGAAGACCGUAACGACCACAAGCCGGUUUUCAGUUCUCAGUUUGUCCAGCUGAGCCCUUUCUUUGAAAACAUACCUGUGGGAACCACCAUAAUCACCGUGACGGCCACGGACGAGGAUUCUGGUUUGAAUGGGGAUACUGAAUAUUCCAUCCAGGUGGAUUCUGAUCCAGCCGGACAAUUUGCGAUAGACCAGGACGGCCACGUGACUGUGGCCAAACCGCUGGAUCGCGAGGUCAUUCAGGAGUACCGUCUAAUAAUACAGGCUUCUGAUCAAGGCCUACCUGCCCAAACAGGAAGUGUUACGGUAUUGGUUGCCUUGCUGGAUGUCAAUGACAACGGGCCAAGGUUUGAGGCCCCAUAUAUGCCUGUGGUCUGGGAAAAUAUGCCAGGGCCUCAGCUGGUUUCCAUGAGCCCUGCGUCUCCUCUCCUUUGGGCUUUUGACCCAGACAGUGAUGAGAAUGGGCCACCUUUUAUGUUUUUCUUGCCACCAGAUUAUCAGAAUUCUUUGGAUUUCUCUCUUACCGACAAUGGAAAUAAUACUGCAACAAUCACCGCUCUGAGGUCCUUUGACAGAGAGAAGCAGAAGCUAUUCCACCUUCCCAUUAUUAUAACUGAUAGUGGGAGCCCCCCUGUGAGUUCCACAAACAUAUUGACCAUAACUAUUGGUGACGAAAAUGACAACAGCCAUGAAGCUGGCCACAAAGUGAUCUAUGUUUAUGUACACAGAGGAAAAUGGUCGACAACGGUGCUUGGGGAAGUGUUUGCACCCGACCAGGAUGACUGGGACAAUAAAACAUUUGUCUCUGAAGGAAAAAUGCACAAAUCUUUCAGGUUGAAUCAAAGGACUGGCUCUUUGCUUAUGGUGGAUAAUGCUCCUCAGGGAACAUACGAGUUUAAAAUCAGAGUGUCAGAUGGAAUCUGGCCUGACGUUCUAGCAACUGUGCAGAUACAUGUCAAAGAGAUAGAAAACGAAGCCAUUCGGAACUCGGCGACCGUACGCCUGGCAGACAUGACUGCAGAAGAGUUCAUAAGGAAGGACGAGCCUGAGGAGAGCAGGCACGACAAGUUUAAGGAUCUUCUGGCAGGCAUCUUCUCAGUCCGCCUUGAGGACAUCGUUGUUUUCAGCGUGACAAAUAUAGACGGGAGACAGACUGACGUGAGAUUUGCGGUUCAAAAUGGCUCCUCCUAUUACAGGCCAGAGAAACUGCUGGGACAGGUAGCUGCCUUCAAAAGCAAGAUCCAGCUGGCUUUAGGAGUGAACGUUUCUCAGGUUGAUGUGGAUGAAUGCCACAGGACAGACUGCAGCGGCAGCAGCGGGUGCGUGAACUACAUCACGGUGAGUGACAUCCCCACAGUGAUGGACACUGGAAGUGUGUCACUUGUCUCCAUAACAACCAGCGUCAGCGCCGUCUGCACCUGUGCAGCUAGAGAGAGAGUCCACCGGUCAUGUAGCUCGUACUCUCACAACCCCUGUUUCAAUGGAGGAACUUGCAUUGACAUGCUGAAUGGUUACAGGUGCCAUUGUUCUGCUUCGUUUCAUGGACCAGAUUGCCAGCAGACAAAGCACAGUUUCCAUGGAAAUGGCUAUGCCUGGUUCCGCCCCAUCAGACCUUGCUUUGAGAGCUCCCUCUCCCUCGAGUUUAUUACCAAUGUUCCAGAUGGGCUUUUGCUAUACAAUGGCCCCCUGUCAGAAUCGGGACCUGGGAACUCAGAAAACUUCAUUGCAAUAGAGCUUUCUGGCGGGACUCCAGUGCUGAAAGUCAACCAUGGCCUGGGCACUGUGGAACUGCACCUGCCGAGUUAUGUGAACCUCACAGACAAAAGGUGGCACCGUCUCGAAGUGAGAAGCAGCCGGCAGGAUGUUCGAUUCACCGUGGAUCAUUGUGGAGCUGCAGUUGUGUCAGAGAUAGAAGGGGUAGGAAAAUGGUUGUCGACCGAAGACCGAACAAACUGUGAGGUUGUGGCCUUUGUUCCACAGUCAAGGAGGUACUUGAAUAUGAACCAGGUCCUCCAGUUGGGCGGAGUAAAAGAAUCGGUUCCAUAUUCGUACCCCCAGUUGCGGCACAAACAUUUUACCGGCUGUAUCCGGAGUCUUGUUUUGGAUACUCACGUGUAUGACCUUGAGUCUCCAGCGGAGUCUCUGAAUAGUUCUCCUGGCUGCACCUGGACAGACGGCAGCUGUGAAAAGAUGGGCUCCUCUCCCUGUGGCCUCCAUGGGCAAUGCCUUGGCGAGUGGGACUCGUUUACCUGCCACUGCCUGCCAGGUUACUAUGGCUCCAAAUGUGACAAAGCUGCUGAAGAAUCUUCAUUUGGGCCUGGGAGUCACAUAUGCUAUCAGCUUCCCUUUUCCAUACCUGCCCGUAGAACAGUAGCAGAUGCCAUGAUAAGGAUGCGAGAGCCCAACGGUAUCAUCCUGAGCAUGUCUUCCCGCAACAAGGAUGAACACAUCACCCUGCAGGUGGUCCAGGGGUUCUUAGCAGUGUCUUACAACCUGGGAGAUGGAGCGGCUGCGGUGAGCCUCCCCUCCUACCAAGUGGAUAAUGGAGAGUGGCAUCACGUUUCCCUGGAGAGAAAUGAGAACGAGUUCAUUCUUCGCCUGGAUGGAGGAGGCGGGAAGAGAGAAAUCCUGAAGGCAGCCGGCGCCUACAAAGAGAUCAUAAUUGAUCCCAACAGCUUGGUGGUUGGCAACACAUACCCUGUCAAUCAGAGCAGCAGUUUCCAAGGAUGCAUGAAGGAUGUCAGAUUCAAUAACUACAGGCUACCUCUAGAUUCUUACCCUAAGGAGCUUGUGCUGAGUGCCCAAGGAGUGAGAAAAGGCUGCCUUUCCGAAGCUUGCAAGAGCAAUCCCUGCAGCCAGCAAUUCAUCUGCAUUGACUUGUGGAUGAUGCAUGAGUGCAGCUGCCCUCCAGGACACAUGUUGGUGGAGAACGUCACCGGCCGGCACUGUGUUUACACGGCAUGUGCUCAGAGGCCCUGUAACUUUGGCACCUGCAUCUCCCAGUCGGCAAGCAAGUUCCGAUGCCACUGCCCCGACGGCUACUCCGGCCGCAACUGUGAAAUCACACUAGCCAUCUUCCACAAAGACGCUGGGCUGAGCUUCAGCUCCAUGUUUGCCAUCUGCAUUUGCUUCCUGGCCCUACUAGUUCUGCUCAGCGGUGUCUUCCUGUGGACUCGGUGGAAGAGCCACAAAAGCAUGAACGGAGGAGUUUACCACGUCACCACCUGCCACGAUGACUUGGAGGACAUUCGAGAGAACAUCCUCAACUAUAACGAGGAAGGGGGUGGGGAGCAGGAUCAAGAUGCUUACAACAUGGUGGAGCUCCAGAUGUCCCUUCAAACCAGCCCAGCCUACUCGCUUUACAAGAAGAAAGGGAAGCGGGCAGAGCUGCAGAGUCCCGUGAGCUGUGACCUCCCUGCCAGUCCAAAGGAGCAGCUGGAAGCCCUUUCCACAGGAUUGGGCUCCUCCUUCUCCAGCAUCGACUUUGGUUGCUACCUUUCAGGGGUGGUGAGAAACAUGGACCAGCUGCACCACGCCCUGCCCUGCGAUUCCUUGCAAGUCUUUUACACGGAAGGAGAGUGUUCAGAAGCUAGCAGCCUAAGUUCCCUGGGCUCCGGUGGAUGGGAGGAAGAUACAGCCUACGGGGAUAUGAAAGAGUGGGGGCCGAAGUUUGAAAAUCUCAGCAAACUCUAUUCUCAAGCAGAGUCCGAUGAUGGUUAGGCUGCUGAACUCAUCUUUGCACAAUGCUUGAAGGUCCCUUGUGGUGUUUUGGGGUUUGGGGGGCGGGGCGGGUAAAGGUACUUUUAACAUACUUUUGAUAAAGUCAAUCCCUACUGAGAUACUUCAAAGGCACAGCUAAGAUGGAGACCAGGUAGCCCAAAAAGGGCUUUGAUUUUGGAUUGGCUGUUUCUUUGGACACCCCCCCAAAAGAAAAAGAUAUAAUAUACAUAGGUCAUUGUCUUUUGAAGGCUGAGAAAGGACAGAAUUAAACUAGUUGGAGGCAACCAAAGAACCAUUGCAGAAAGAUAAAAAUGUAAAGAAACAACAUCUGUAUUGGUUGCAAGAACAGGUGCUUUGUCCCUAUAGCUUUUUCCAUCUUCAUAGUUGGAAGCAGGAGACUGUCUCAACACUUUGCAGGGGCUGAUACCUGGCCUGAGUCUUGUGCACCUCUUGCAAUAAGUUGUAAAAUCUGUACUUUGUGGUUUUUAAUCAGUGUACCAAGUUGGAAUGAAGCUUCUUUCCUUUCAAAAUUACUAGAAGAGCCAUGCUAUGGAUUUGGCAAUAACAGUCUUUUAACUUGGGGGUGUGUGACUUGUUUUCAAUACUCCCAGAAGCCCGUGCCUGUUACUUGGUUAAAUUCCUGUGUGCCCUUCCCCAGAUUCGGAGGGAACACCAACUGGCACCUGGGCAUGACACACUGAAAUUAGUUCUUUGUGGGUUUUUUACCUUCAUAAGACAUGGUUUUUGCCACUGAAACAGUCCAGAUGAGAAAUUGUUCCCCAGAGUUGUUGUUCCAUGUGUGGUUCCAAAGACUUCAAAGUAAGGACAGCCAUAAACAACCAAAUAUUGUUGUAGCAGGAGAUGGCAUAUUUGACAGAUACAAUAUUGUGUAGCAUGAAACCAGUUGUGGACUUCCUGCUAGCUGCUUGGUCUAUUACCUCCGGACUUACCUUUGCAAUGGGGCAUUUUCUUCCCACUUCAUAAGCAGCCCUAGAUUUGCAGAAGUACAAAAUCAUUUUUUCUUUUCUUUUUUGAGGAGGGUGAAAAAACGUAAUGGGGGAGGGAGGCACAAUGAGGGCUAAAUAUGCUCAGUGGCCACAGAAUGUUGUCUGCUUGGAAGAUGAAGAGGACAGGGUGUGGUGGGAGGCAAGAUAAGGUGGAAUGGCUGGCUGGCAUCCAAGAUAGGCAGACUUCCCUUAGAGAGGAAGGCUGCAGCGCAACAUCUGUUUGCACGUCCUGCUUGUGGAGCAUAGGUAAAGGUCGUGGCCGACUCUGGGGUUGCAGUGCUCAUCUCGCUUUUUUGGGCGAGGGAGCCGGCGUUCAGCUUCCGGGUCAUGUGGCCAGCAUGACCAAGCCGCUUCUGGUGAACCAGAGGAGUGCAUGGAAAUGCCGUUUACCUUCCCGCUAGAGCGGUACCUAUUUAAGGUGCUAAAGUUGAUUAUACCACAUCAGAUGGCAGAUACCGUCUGUGUCCCCCAUGUAACCCCCCUCCCGAACCUUAACUACUUCAUACAGGUAAAAAAAUGAGAGGAGGAGACAGAGAGCUGGCUAGACCCUUUCUUCUUGCUUUGCUAGUUUUCAACGAGAGAGGGACCUAAGAAGCUGCCUUACACUAAUUCAAACCUAUUCAUGCAAGGGACGUUCUCAGCCCGAUCUGGAGGUUCCUGGGGUUGAAUGUGGAACAUUUCACAUGCAAAGCAGAUGCCCUCUGAGUUGUUGUUUUUAGAUAACGACGUAAGCAGCCCAGAAUGGCUGGGGAAACCCAGCCAGAUGGGCGGGGUAUAAAUAAUAAAAUUUAUUAUUAUUGUUGUCCACACUUAUCCUGUGCUUUCUAAGCACAGGUCUGAGAUGUUUUUCAUUUGCCCCGCUACUUUCCCUAGAAAGAACAGGACAAGCAGAAGAAAACACAGGACAAGAGGAAACAUGGAUGAGACCUCACUGAGCUAAAGCCCUUCCCCACUGCAUGGUUCUUACAUGGGGUAGGAUUCAAAACCAGUAUUAUGUCUACACUGCCUCUAUCCCUGGAAUAGCCUUGGACUGCCUUUUCUUUUUCAGAGCCCUGUCCUAAUUGCCCUGAUUCAUGUCCCCCCACCCAAAAAAACCAAGCUUCUUGUAAAGCUUGAAAUAAUGUAGCCACAAAUUUGUCAACAAGCCAUUUCAAAGGAAAGCUUGGUUGCACGUGUCUGUUUAUUUUUCCUUAAUUGAAUAGCAGAGCCCAGAUUCUGCCGUCUGACAAACCGUCAUACAGAAUAACGCCCCAGUGUCGGCCAUUGCUUCUGCAAAAAACAAAAAUUGUCUGGUGGAGGAUAAAUGCCUUUGAAAUGCAUGUGGGAGAAACCCUUCCAUUAGGAGCAAUGGUGUUAUGGUAUGAUUUGCUACACACUAAUCAGUUCUUUUUAAAAAAUCAUUUUCUUUUGACUAGCUCAGAUGCUGGUGUGGUUUAUUUUUCUGCUAAACCACUAAUAUCGAAAGUGAAGAAGGCUCUGCCUCUGCAGUACAUUUCAAUCUUCUUAUCUCGAGUCUGCAUUUCUACUUAGCUAUUCUGAGUAAAUGCUGUGCAGUGAGCGAAAAGGGACUGCGGACUUAAAAAUUCUAAAGUUAGAUUUCGUUCUGCCAACAUGUGAAGCCCAAAGAACCUUACCCUGCUCCCUCGGCUCUGCAAAAAAAGGACAUCUCCAAGUUAUGAGUGUUCCUUAGAUUAUUCAUAAAUUCCCCUCAUCUCCCUGACUUUCCUCAUAACGUUAUAUCUCUCUUCUUCUACGCUUCAUUUGUUCGGGGAGGGGGGGGAUCAGAAAAUGGAAGAUCAUCUGUCCACGGGGAGGGAAUGAACAAGUGUACUGAGAGACGGGUAAUGGAGAUUGAAAAGUGCUUGGCAGGGCACCAAAUAACAUUUCCAGAAGUUCCUAAGUCCAAUUUUUCAAGCAUGUAUUAAGCUACAGUGGAGACCAACGUUUUCAUAGGAGACCAUAUAUACCCAGAUUUUCCCCAAAUGCUUUUUCAAUACGAGUUUCAAAAGAAACACAAAGAUAAAGAGCUUGUGGUGGUCUUCACGUCAAGCCGGUUAUUCUUCAUAGUUUCUAACGACAAAAAGCUCAAGAACUUGCUCCCACUUUCCUUUGAGGUUGAGAGGAUACUAGAAAUUAUUUAGCCAUCUCUCUGUAAAUCCCGCAACAUUAUUCUACCUCCACAAUUCUCAAACUGUGGUCUUCAAGAAACUGGAGAGUUGUAGUUGUUUCUGAAUCAUGGAUCAGAGCCAACAGAAAAGGUCAAGAUCAAGUUGUUUUCACUUACCUUGCAAAGCAAGUUUAGGGCAAUGCAUAUUUUUAAUCUUUGCAUAUGUGGAAGCUGUUUUUUUUUUGUUUUAAAGAGGAAAUUCUGUCUUGUUGGGAUCAGUGCUGUACCACAGUUGGUUAACCAGGAAGAUGCUUCCAAUGUUUGGUGCCAAUUCAUAUGCGCACUGGAAGAAUAUGGCUUUCCAUGGGACUUACCUUUCGAGACGUGGCAUGCCCAUCCUUAAAUAAUGGGACAAGUUCACAUGGUUUUACCUAUCAUAGCUCACAGGUGUUGAAUAUUCUUUUGUGAAUAUUUUUCACCUGUACAGGCAAUAAAGCUCGUCCAAAUGUAAUAACCCACUUCCAGAAAACUGAGCGAAAAGUGUUGCUGAGCAUCGUGUGCUUUUUCAGUGUACCAAACAAGACUAUGGGGAAAAGGCAGAAAUGGAUAUCCCUCCCCCAAUCUCCUGCUGCUCAAAAUGCAUCAAGGCAUUGCUCAGUGUUAAUUACUGCUUCUUAUCCAUUCAUCUAAAUCCCAGCCACUCUCGGUAGGAUAUGCUAUCAUUUGACGGCAUUUUUCAGGCCAAUUUAGACUAUUUCCUUUGCCUGUAACGUGCUAUUUACUCCCUUGGUGUGCUGUGCAGAAUAAAAAUGUGCUUUUCAACACA